ACUAUAAUAAAUAGCUGAAAGUCCGACAGUUUCCAAAGACUGAGAAAAAUGUCAUCACCACAGGGUAUCUAUAAGAGAUGCGAGGAACCUGAGGAACAGGGGAAAAAGCCAAGCAAGAAAUUUGAAACAGCAGGUAAUUUCCUGCCACUACGCAGCCAAGGUGGUUCAGGAGUAUCCCUGCUGAUCUUUUCUCUUGUGACCAUUGCAUUUCUUUUGCUGUGGAUCAUCAUCGUUGCUGUAAUGGCAUCAAAAUAUUCUAAGAUUUUCAAGGAACUAGAAGAGCUGCGUAUGAAUCAAACUUUGCUGACAAAAAAUGAUCUCAAAACAGAGAAGAAGUUACAGCAGAUCCAAUCCAACCAUGUUUCUCAGGAAACAGCGCUAAAUAUCACCCUUAAAAAGCUGGAGGAUGAUCACAAUGGCCUGAAAAAGAAUGUGAAUGCAAAGAUACAAGAGAUAUCGGAUGAAAGUGGCAGAAGUGCAAAUAUGGUCAUUAAUUUAAUCAAUGCAGUCUAUCAGAUUAAUGCUUCAGGCUGCCAGGUGUGCCCAAAAGGUUGGCUGUUGAACAGAGAAAAAUGCUACUAUUUCAAGAUGGGGAGCGACGCCUGGUCUCAAGCCGAGAAGAGAUGCGAGAAUGAUGGAAGCAAACUGGUUAUCAUUGAGGAUUACGUUGAACAGGAAUUCCUUUCUUCACAUAUAAAUGGCAAGACGCUCUGGAUUGGUCUAAGUGAUAUUAACACCGAAAACAACUUUGUUUGGUUAGAUGGUAAUUCCCCAUCAUUUGCGCGCUGGCGUGAUGGAGAACCCAACAACAGUGGACAUGGGCAAGACUGUGUAGUGAUGAAUUCUGAAGGCCGAUGGGAAGAUCGUCAAUGUGGAAAAAGUGUGGAUGGCUGGAUUUGUGAAAAGCCCUGGAAGUGCUAAAUUUAUCCAACAAGACUCAACAGUCACCAUUCCUAACACAUUUGUAUUAUUUUGAGUUUUGUUAUUUUUAUUGUCUUUUAUUAAUUUGCUGUAUUUUGCUUUACUGAGAACUGUCAAUAUAUGGUGCCGCAUAACUGUUUUAGUAAAUCAUAUAGUACAUAAUAUAUUAGGAAAAAAUAUGUCCCCAAUCUCUACGGAGCUGGAAAGCAGGUUAGUGAAGAGAUGUGGCUGCCCUGGGAGGAGUGGGGUAGGGGGUGAGGGUUUGGUAUGGGUUACCUGGCUGAAGGGCCCUCAGGUAAGCUGGUAUGGGGCAACUCCACACCCCCUGCAUAGCUUCAUCCUCCACCCUACGCCCAACUGCCUCCCUACGUUCUUCUUCAUUUCUCGUCACUCGCUCGCUGCCGUAACAGAUGUCGCUCACCGCCCGCAACGCCUAUUGGUCAUCAUCCUGGUCUGUUACAGCAGCGAACAGGUAGAAGAAAUGGCAAAGAAUGAAGAUGAACGAAGCGCGGGGUGCAGGACAAAGCAGUGUAGGCCACCAUGGAGAGCAUGGCUGGUGCCACCACCAAGAGAUGGGGACUUGGUACAGAAUAAUUCAUGACACUGAAAAUGCUUGGGAAGUAGAAGGCAUUAGCACUGCAUUUAUGGAUUCAAAUCGGUGCAGGACCUUUUAAAAAUCUAUAAUGUGCAG